GGGCGUCUUCCACACUUCUGCUCGCGGUCGUCUCACGCACUGCCUUGUACGCUGCGUCCGUGUGUGCUCUCCAGGUUCGCUGCAUCCGCUUACUCCCCCGCGUCCGCUGGCCAAGACUCCCGCGAGUCAGCUACCAACCUCACUUUCGUCAUAGCGUUCUGGAACAGUCCGGGCCACGCAUCCUAAAUACUCCAUCGCGACAGGGCCAAAACGAUUAUGAGUGCGCCUCCCGCAGCCACUUCCGUACCGGAGCCCGCGGCCGAGCCGCCCGUGACCGCAGAAAGAGCGCAACUGUCGCUCAAGGUGCGGACGCUGGACCAAAGGACGUAUCCGAUCACUAUCUGCGCGACCGCAUCCGUACCGCAACUCAAGGAGCUCGUGGCCGCCGAGACGGGCGUGACGCUGGCUCGCCAGAGACUCAUCUACCGUGGCCGCGUGCUCAAGAAUGACCAGAUGCUAGCCGCAUACUCGCUUGAAGAUGGUCACGUGCUACACCUAGUGGUGCGGGCCGUGCUGCCCCCCGACGGUGCUGGCCAGGCGCCGGCUACUGCUGUUUCCAAUCCAGACCCUAAUGCAGGCCAAGGUGCCCCUCCGGCCGGCGGACGGGCCCCUGCUCCGUACCACUACGUGCGUCCAGAGCGUCUACAUGUGGAGCGUACAUAUUAUCAUAACGAGUUUGAGCGAAUGGCCAGGUCGAGAUUGCGCCAGCAGUCGCCGCCGCCGCCGCCGAGAGAUAACGACGAACCGGAUCCGACGAUGGGGCGGCUAGGUGGUGGUGGUGGUGGUAUGCCGAGUCGUGUGGUGAUGGGCGCGACCAUCUCGAUGCCCGAGGGCGCGGAUGUGAAUAUGCCAUUUCUUAAUUCGAUGAUCGCCAACCUUGUCAACCAGGUCGAAGGUGGCAUUGAAGGCGAAGGGUCAACAGCGACGCGAGGACGACGGCGCACGACAUUUUCACGCGAAGCUUUAGGCGGUGGCACUGCUGCCGAGAUGGAAGAAGCAACAGCCAGAGCGCUACGUCACCACCACCGGAAUCGAGACGGAUCUGGCCGGCAACGCCAAGGGCGACGUUCUUCGACUUCUAGUGCUGAACGGCAGGCGGCGUUGCGUGCUCGCACGGGCGUCCGACUUGAAUCAGUUCGUGCGGCGCUGGACGACGCGUCUCUUGACUUCCCUGCAGAUCUGACAGCACUACCACAAGGUGAUACCAACGCAGCCAUGGCAGAACUUCAGCAACAAGUGGAGAUGUUUUUGACCCUCAUAGAACGUUUUGGACCAAGACUUCGUCUCCUGUCGGCUGCACUUGCCCAGCGCGACCGCAUGGGUGUGACGUAUCGUCGUGAUGCUCGUGCAGCAUCGCCAACUGGGCCUGUUGCACCCCCAACCGAGCCUACUGCAUCCGCUGGCCCUACUGCAGCUGUGCCUGGGUCUAGUACGGCAGCAGUUGAGUCAUCUUCGGACAGCACAACCAACACUGGCAACGCUGCUGCUGCUAUUGCCGAACCAACGGUAUCAACUCGCCCUGUGCUCCGUGCCAUUGAGGCGCUGCAAACAAUCGGAGAAUCUACAGAUCUGCUGGCACGCAUGGCACGGCAUGCGUUUGUUCGCCAGUCGGUACUGUUGGGUGAACCAGUUUCGAGACGUCUAAGUACGUAUACUGUGGGUGGCGAUAGAAUUCAAGCGACACUGGAUCUAGGAACAACUACCGCAGGGGGCACAACUGUAGCCGACACAGCGACAACACAAGGAUCGACUCGUGCUGCAAGAGCAUCAAGUGCAGGUAGGUCCCGGCGAUUUAGGAUCAGCGCCGCGGAUCUACUGAACGGCAGAAGCUCGACAACAACAAGAGGAACGAGUGCUGCUCCAGCUGUGGCACCCGGCUCAACACCUGACGUUCCAGUGGAUCUCACAGGGUCGAUUGAUGCCGUGGCACCGGCACCAGGAGCGGCAGCGUCUACCCAGUCAGCCCCCACGCGCAGUCGACGUAUGGAUGCGGCACCAAACGAUGUUAAUGGCCCUGCACCACCCGCCGGAGCUCACAUUUCGAUCUCUGGCAUGGGUUUGCCACUCAUGUCGUCGGUUGUGUUCCCGUUCUCCCUCGCUGCGGGGCUGGGCGGCAGUCAUGCGACCACAACGUGGAAUUUGGCGGACUUUGUGAGUCGACUGAUGAGUGAGCUGCCAAUCUCCACGCUUUACGGAGUCAUGGCUGGCGACGCCACUCAUCUUCACCAUAUCCUUGCGCACGUUGGGUUUGCAUUGUUCAGCGGCGUUGAUGUUCCGCGGGUGACGAGGCCGAAUAUCCGUACGUGGGCACAGGACCUCGUCGCUGAACUCCGUCGUUUGUUGCGCUCGCAUACGUUGCCUGCUGACGUGCUGGAUCACGUUACUGGCUCUGAUGAACGGCGAGCGGCGCUUGGGAACGAGUUGCUGCGUGUUGUGGAGCCAUUUAUCCCAGACCUGGUCGACUAUCUGGUUCGUGCCACGUCCGCUAGUCGCGCUGCUGCAUUUGGAACAAGCAGCGCAACUUUCCUGCGCACGAUGGCUCAGCAGAUCGUUCGUCAACUACGGACCUACGCGAGAGGUGACUCGACGGAAUCUGAAGAUGACAGCGACGAGCGCUUGAAGUGUUUGCUGCGAGGACUUCUUGCGUGGCUCGGUAUGAACGAGCACAUCGCGAUCUUUGCUGUCGAUAGUCUGCUGUGCUGGACUGAAGGAGACAACUCUUCCAGCCGUCGUGGCCGUACGCGUCAACGGGAGGAGAAUGGCAACGAAGCUGGUGCCGGCGACGCCCCAGCGACCAAACGACGGCGUGAAUAAGGCUGAAGGAACUGUAGCCGCCAUUCUUGUGGAGUGGAUAGUAGGAUAGGAAAUAUCUACAUAAUGCAGAUCUGUCAUCUUGAACACAUGCAA